UGGCUAUGACGUCAAAGUGAGAAGGGGCCAUCUUUCCAGCAGUAGGCCUACAGUAAACACUGUCAGUGUUGUUAAACAAAGUUUUUAAACUGAAUCGUUUAUACUUUGGACGUGCAUUCGCUUGGAAUUUGCAGCUGUCUGGGGCACUUUGAUUUUGGAACUAGCGACUGCAGGGUAACCAUACAGUAAGAGGCCAUCAUGAUGGAGGAAUCUUCAGAUGAAUCAGCAGAGAUUAUCACCAAGGAGGAAGCUGAACUGGCUUCUAGAAUGCAGGAAGAUCCACAGACUCCUGAUUCUGCUGUCUCCAAAACAGACAUGACAUUGCAGUCACCACCAGGGGGAGCUAAUAUUGGGGUCAGUCCCCCUGCACCUUUGCCAGCAUUUAUGAAUGUUGGUUCUAAUGAUUCAACACAAACCCCACAGACAGGAAUAUCUAGUAUUGCAAGUGGAACACCACAACAGAUCACCAUGCCAAGUCCAUCACCUGUGUCAACAUCUAAGGUGACAGCUCCAGCUCCAGUGGCCACGCCCUAUGAAGUAAGCACACAGAUACCAGUAGAGAUGAUCCUGGAUUCACCGUCUGACAUUCCAGGGGGCAGCACUGGGCUGUUUGGCUGGUUCUCUGGCAACCGAAUUGUUUCUAAAGUCAUGGAAAAAACAAAGAAUUCUGUGGAAAGUAUGAUAACCACUCUAGACCCUGGAAUGAAAGAGGUUAUCAGGUCUGGAGGAGAUGUCAUGGUAGUUGUGACUUCAACAAAGGAGACCAAAGUAGGAGCAGUGCGAGAGGCGUUCCAGACAGUGUUUGGGCAUGCAACAGUCAUAGGAGUGGAAAGCCAAGCUAACACGGCAGCUCAGCCUGUAGGGUUCACUGCUGGUCUUAAAGGGGCUGAGGAACGGAUACAGAACUUACGCCAUAAAGGAUCACUUCCAGAAAGCCAUCCUGUGAUAUCUGUGGAGGGAUUUAUUGUGGAGAUGCUACCUGACAGGUGGUAUGAGAUUAGUUGUCUACUUCUACAGGAUCCUGUCCAACAUAUAGAACUCCAGAUGUUUUCCCAGCCAACUCCAAUCCCUGCAGAGUACAUCCUUAAAGCUCAAGAUGCCACGCCCUCAGACUACCCUCAGCGGUGGUCUGGCCUCAAAGUGACCAUCGGUCAGGUGAUAGAACAGUCACAACCUCACAUUGGACAUGCUGAUUGGCAGACUGCUCUUGUUGGUGUCAGUAGACGGGAAUCGUUACUACUGGCUGCAAAAGCCCUCGCCUACAUGUAUAAAGAGAGACUUCCAACGUCAUUUGUUUCCUGAGAAAAAUGAAAACAUGUGUUUCUAUUUUAAAUGUAAUUAUUUACCGUAGGCCUUGUCCUUUCUUGUCUUGCCAUCCACAAUGCCACGAGAUUCCAAAAUGUUCAACAUUAAUACCUGUGAUCCUGUUCUGUGCUUUUGUGGGUUGUAAAUAACCUUAAUAUCAGAUACACUAUUGCUCAGUGUGACUGAGUGGUGAUCCUGUGUGAGAAAUUAUGUACUCUCUGAAUGGAUUCAUGCAUUUAGACACCUGCUUGACGAGGCGUCUCCAUCCCAUUCUGUCAAGAUCCACUUACCAGGAUACUGUCCACAACAUUUAUGUAUUACCUCAAUGCUUCUCCAGUUAGUCUGUGUACCAUAGUACGCUUGGUGAAUGUGGGGCUUUGAUCUGUGCUUAUAAGGGAAGGUUCCUAUAUUAAGAUGGAAUACAUGAGUUCUUAUCAAAGACACUUUGGGAAUUUUGGUUUUCUUUGCUCCUGUGUUCAAUUUUAAUUGUAGUUAGAUCGAUGAAACUUGUAUGUAGACUUUCUGUUCAAAAUUUCAUCACUUUCAUCUGAUGUAUUUGUGCUCAGUUGUAAUUUGUAUAUACUGGUAUUGGUAGACAAGAGGUUAUUGUAAUUCUCUUAAAACUUGUACUUUUUGGUGGUAGUUAUCUGUAAUUACAGCUAAUCACAGGACAUUUCAAUCUUCUGUAUUAAUCACAGAAUUUAUGAAAUGAAGAAUUUAAAUUUAAGUGUUAUAGCACAAAAACAGUCAGAUGAUUGACAAUAUUAGUACAGGUAUUUUAAAACUUUUAAAACUCUGUCAUGUUAAUCUUCUUGAUUCCAAGUACUGAAUAGUAGAAAAUUGUAUAUUGUAUGCAUUAUAAUUGGAUAAUAAUUUAUGAACCGCUUUGAGACGACCUACGAACUAGGUUGGGAUAAAGAGGUAUUUAAGAACCUCAAAUUAUUAUUAUUAUUAUUUUCUACUGUAUUAAGGUAUUGAAGAGUUAUUUUCCUGUUGAUAUUAUGUUAUUUCCUCUAUAUUCAUGCAAACAUAAUUAUAGGUUGCUGGCCUUUUGAGGGAGAAUUGAAGAAUACCGUAGGUUGAUAUUAUUCCAUGUAAUAGUGGUAGUAAAGUGGAUAAGCAGCCAGCUAUAUAAUCAAAUGGUCCAGGUAUUCAAUCUCUGUGGAGAGUUUUUUUGUGAAAAAGGAAGUUAUAUAUAUUUCUUUCGUACAUGACAUUUGUGCUAAUUUGAUAAGUAAAUUAGCAAACAACUCCAAGUCAGAAAAUGCCAAACAAACUAAUUAGAACUCUUCUUUGUUAAAGAAAAAACAGAGUAUUUAAGGACUCUUAAACUUAAAUGACCUUGGUGCCUAUAGUAAAUGUAAAUAAGAUAAUUAUUUUUGUGAUAAUGAUUUGUGUACAAUAACGUGUAUGGAUGUUUCAGUUAUCAAACCUUGUAAUAAAGAGGAAGCUGAUUUGCAUUUAUGGCUCAUUAAAUGUGGAUGUUUUGAAGGAUUUUCCUUUGUUAAGUAGUUUCCAUGAUCUAUGCAUUACUUUUGACGAUGAAUUUUAAUUAACAAUACAACUGAUAACAAACCACUAUGCCACUUGACUAAAUUCUACCACUAUCAGAAUUGAUAGCAAACAAACUAAACACACCAGGGCCCAAUAGGUACUUACAAAUAGACUUCGUAAACAUUUACACUUUGACAUUGGCACACUCACAUCUGGGCUUAAUAAACACUCACACCUAAACCUGUUACACCUGGGUCAAUCUAAACACUUACACUUGAGCCGAGAAAAUACUUACACCUUGGCUUAAUAAACUUUUAAACCUGGACUCAAUCAACACAUGGAACCAGUAAACACUUAAACCUCACCCCAUAACCAUCUCAAACAUGAAUUCGUAAACAUUUACACUUUGACAUUGUAAACACUCCUAGCCUCAGUAAACACUUGCCCAUUGGCUUAAUAAACUCACUUAUACCUGGACUCAUUAAGCACACAUGGACCCAGUAAACACUUACAACACAUGGACCCAGUAAAUACUUACACCUAUGCUCAAUAAACACUUACACCUGGACUCAUUAAGCACACAUGGACCCAGUAAAUACUUACACCUAUGCUCAAUAAACACUUACACCUGGACUCAUUAAGCACACAUGGACCCAGUAAAUACUUACACCUGGGCUCCGUAAACACUUACACAUGGACCCAGUAAACACUUACAACACAUGGACCCAGUAAAUACCUACACCUAUGCUCAAUAAACACUUACACCUGGACUCAUCAAGCACACAUGGACCCAGUAAAUACUUACACCUAUGCUCAUUAACACUUACACCUGGGCUCAGUAAACACUUACACAUGGACCCAGUUAAUACUUACCCUGGGCUCAGUGAGCAUACCUGGACGCAGUAAAUACUUACACCUGGGCUCCGCAAACACUUACACAUGGACCCAGUAAACACUUACAACACAUGGACCCAGUACACACUUACACCUGGGCUUAAUAAACACUUACACCUGGGCUCCGUAAACACUUACACAUGGACCCAGUAAAUACUUACACCUGUGCUCAAUAAACACUUACACCUGGGCUCAGUAAACACUUACAUAUGGACCCAGGAAACACUUACUCCUGGGCUUAAUAAACACUUACACCUGGUCUCCGUA